UCUGCGACUNAGAUCCAGAGGUUACCGAGGAAGCCAGGGCGUUGAAAAAUAUGUGUCCCCUGAGAUUUAUUCUCAUAUUUCUCUCUGCGACUCUUGCCGGCUUCUUCGUUCUCCGUAAUCUCAAAUCGCAACCUCAAGAUUUCGAAGCCGACGAUAAUUCCGAUGCGCAUUCCAACGAUUUGUCUUCCAAUUCUACCUCCUCCAAGGUGACUUCGGCUAUGCAAUCUGGAUUCUGGACGGUGGUUGACAUGGCCAGUGGCCGCUACUUGUGGAGGCAUUUGUUUCCGUCGUCUCAGAAGCGUUCUGAUUGAUGAGAGAUGACGAUACGAUCGGAUUUGCGAUUGCGUUGAACCGAGACGAGCCUUGGGGUUUUGUUUGGAUUAAUUGUAUUGUUCAGGUUCGCCAUUGUUGUUGGAUAGUGCUAUGAAUCUCUCUUGUAUAUCUCCGUCGAUCAAUAAUAUCUCUCUUCCCACUUCUUCCCCCUUUCCUGUAAAUUUUGUAAAACCUCUCUUCUUCGUUAACAUCCAUGUCUGUACCAAAAUAAUACAAUGUGUUCAGAAAUUCCCUAUCGAAAAACGCUUCUGGUCUCAA